AUGCCGGAGCAGAGCAACGACUACCGUGUGGUGGUGUUUGGGGCCGGCGGCGUGGGCAAGAGCUCCCUGGUCCUCCGCUUCGUCAAGGGCACCUUCCGGGACACCUACAUCCCCACUGUGGAGGACACCUACCGCCAGGUGAUCAGCUGUGACAAGAGCGUGUGCACCCUCCAGAUCACCGACACCACGGGCAGCCACCAGUUUCCCGCCAUGCAGCGCCUGUCCAUCUCCAAGGGCCACGCCUUCAUCCUGGUCUACUCUGUCACCAGCCGCCAGUCCCUGGAGGAGCUCAAGCCCAUCUACCAGCAGGUGCUUGCCAUCAAGGGCAGCGUGGACGCCAUUCCUGUCAUGCUGGUAGGUAACAAGAGUGACGAAACCCAGCGUGAGGUGGAGACCCCGGAGGGUGAGGCGCAGGCGGCAACAUGGAAGUGUGCCUUCAUGGAAACCUCUGCCAAGAUGAACUACAACGUCAAAGAGCUCUUCCAGGAGCUGCUCACCCUGGAGAAGAAGAGGAACAUGAGUCUGAGCAUCGAUGGCAAGCGCUCCGGCAAGCAGAAGCGUGCCGACAAGCUCAAGGGCAAGUGCAGCAUCAUGUAG